CGCCUCUGCCAUUGCAUCCGACGUCCGAUAGCUCGCACCCGUUUCCUCAAUGGAUUUCACUGAAGUGUACAAACACUCUGGCGCCAACGUGUCUUUCAGUCAUGGAUCCCACCUCAUACUUACCGCUGUCCAUGAUCGACUCGUACUCCGACGCGCGGACACUUUCCAGAUCAUGCGAACAUGGCGGAUCGACGCGUCCCCAACUCCAACCCACCUCCUGACCGCUGCAGUCAGGCCAAAGAACAGCUCACAGGAGCACCUCAUAUCUCACAUCGGAUGGUCGUGUGAUUCUGAAUACGUGCUGGCGGCUUCCGCGAAACUGGGAGCCGUUCAGAUCUUCAAAGUACAAGAUCCUGAGUGGUCGGCGCGGAUCGAAUGCGGUGCUGAAGGCCUUGUCAAGGCACAAUGGGCUCCCGAUGGCCGCACGGUGCUGUGCUUCUCUCAAUGGGGGCUCAGAGUGACUGUGUGGUCCUUAGUGUCGGGGACCGCAAUAUACAUCCAAUUUCCGCUCCAUCCAGACACGGGCUACGCGUUCAGAGCUGAUGGUCGAUACUUCGUGCUGGCGGAGAGGCACAAAUCAAGAGACACGAUAGGCGUCUAUGAUACAGAGCAGGAGUAUAAGCUCGUCCGCCAUUUCCCGUCGCCGACGUCCUCACUGGCGGCGCUAGCAUUGUCUCCUAAGGGGGACCAUCUCGCCGUCUGGGAAGGUCCAACGGAGUACAAGCUGUGCGUUUUGUCGUUGACAGGAUCUGUGCUGGGCACGUUUUGCCCAGAGCCCGAUCCUGGAUUGGGGAUUCGCCGGGUUGCCUGGCACCCGAGUGGCAUGUUUCUUGCAGUCAGCGGCUGGGACGACAAGAUUCACAUCUUGGACCUCACUUGGACUGCUGCAGUGACUUUUGAACUCUUGUCCAGAGUGCCUGCUGGUGUUACUAUCUGGCGAGAACCAUCUAGGUGGCAAGAAGCAACAGAGGGACGGGGAUUCUUGUCCUACGAACGUUUGACUGGCUCUCACUCCAUCGUCGUUCAGAAACCCGAUGCCACAAAGCCCAAUCCUAAGAGCGGCACUGUGCAAAUGGAAUGGAAUGCAAGCGGGACACUUUUGCUCGUCCGCUUCGAAAGUUCGCCUACUGUUGUCCAUUUAUUCGAUUUUCCGGCGUCGGGUACUCCAAGAUUACGGUCGGUGCUUAUCCACACUAGACCCGUCGCACAUGCGCGGUGGAAUCCCGCGAGGAAAGGGAAUCUGGUCUUGUGCUGUGGUAGUCGCAGUCUUUAUUCCUGGAGCGAUGAGUGGCAGGGCCAACACGGGGAGGAAGAGAUGGCAGAGUGCAUAGGGGUCCCCGCCAAGAGCUUCGAGACUCGCGAUUUGAGAUGGACUCUGGACGGAAAGGGUGUGGUACUGCUAGAUAAAGAAGUGUUCUGUUGUGCUUUCGAGGUCGACGAGCCAGAUCCAUGACACCUGACCGCUGAGCUCAUCUUCUUUACGAUCCCCCGAUGUACUUGCGUGUGUGCUACAUUUGUCACGAUUUCGGCCCAUGUCGGCCAUCAGUCAGCCAACAUACGCGUCAAUUUCAUCUUGCUUCAUCCCUCAUCUUGCAUGCUUUCUCGGUCACUCAGGGCAGCGCGCGCUGUUCGCAGACCUAUAAGGCUCACCGCUUCAUAUUCGUCCCAGCAUCGUUCCACUCCGCCCAAGAACGAACGCACGGAGCCGAAGGAGGAGCAGGAGCAGGACUUGCCGAAAGACCUCGAGGGUUUCUUCAAGCAGCAGCGGCCUUCACCAUCAUCCAAAGGCAAUUCUUCCAAUCCAGAUUCGAAGAACCGAAACUCUCGUUCUCCCCCUCCCCCUCCUCCCCCUAAUAACAACUUCAAUUUUUCCAACACCCAGCUCGCAUGGCUAGCCAGCGCUUCUAUCGCCUACUUCAUCUAUUCGAGCUCUAACUCAUCCUCGUCCCGCGAAAUCACCUGGCAGGAAUUCCGUGCGGCAUUUUUAGAGAAAGGAUUGGUGGACAAGCUGGUCGUCGUCAAUGGGCACAAGGUCCGGGUCAAGCUCCAUUCCAAUGCGACAGGGACCAUGUACCCGACCAAUGCCAAUUUCGGCGCGGCAGACUACUUUUUCUCGAUCGGAAGCAUAGAGGCUUUCGAGCGAAGGCUGGACGAGGCCCAAGCCGAAUUGGGGAUUCCGAGUCACGAACGUAUCCCGGUCGCUUACCACGACGAAAUCUCGGCGUGGCAAGCAGCCUUUGACUUCGCCCCGACUAUCCUCACGAUUGGUUUCCUUGUAUGGCUCUCGCGUCGGGGUAGCGGAAGCAGCGGUGGAGGCAUCUUCAGCAUUGGAAAAAGCCGGGCCAAGCUCUACAACAAGGACACCGACGUCAAUGUCAAGUUCAGGGACGUUGCCGGAAUGGACGAGGCCAAAGAGGAGAUCAUGGAGUUUGUCAAGUUCUUGAAGGAGCCCGCCAAGUACGAGAAAUUGGGUGCCAAGAUCCCGCGUGGCGCCAUUCUGUCUGGUCCUCCGGGAACAGGAAAAACGCUCCUCGCAAAGGCAACUGCGGGUGAGGCGUCCGUUCCGUUCCUGUCCGUCUCCGGAUCCGAGUUCGUCGAGAUGUUCGUCGGUGUCGGUUCAUCCCGUGUACGAGACCUCUUCGCCGAUGCUAAGAAACAUGCCCCUUGCAUCAUCUUCGUAGAUGAAAUCGACGCUAUCGGCAAGUCUCGUUCCAAAGGUGGCAAUUUCGGUGGCAACGACGAGCGAGAGUCGACGCUGAAUCAGCUGCUUGUGGAGAUGGAUGGCUUCGGAACUCAGGAGCACGUAGUUGUUCUCGCUGGAACUAAUCGACCGGAUAUCCUCGACCCGGCACUACUGCGACCCGGUCGUUUCGACAGACAUAUCGCCAUCGACAGACCGGAUGUCUCGGGCCGUAAGGGUAUCUACAUGGUGCACCUUCGCCCCUUGCGCUUGCACGAGGCCCUCUCAGACAAGGAUGGCUUUGCGCAGAAACUUGCUGUUCUGACGCCGGGUUUCUCUGGAGCAGACAUCGCCAAUGUCUGUAACGAGGCUGCUCUGCAUGCUGCGCGGAAAGGGUCCGAGUACGUCGAGUCUGUGGACUUCGACACGGCUAUCGAACGCGUUAUCGUCGGGUUGGAGCGCAAGAGCCGUGUGCUUAGUCCUGAGGAGAAGAAGACGGUGGCCUACCAUGAGGCUGGGCACGCCGUCUGCGGAUGGUUCCUUGAGCAUGCCGACCCCUUGCUGAAGGUCAGCAUCAUCCCUCGAGGCACGGGCGCUCUCGGAUACGCGCAGUAUCUGCCUGCGGAGCGCUACCUGAUGUCGACCCCUCAGAUGACUGACCGCAUCUGCAUGACUUUGGGAGGCCGUGAUGAUUUGCAGAAGAUCACCCGCAUGGCCUUUGAAGCGUGUGCCAACUACGGCAUGAACGAAGUCAUUGGUCCAAUCAGCUACGGCGGUGCCCAUAGGUCGAACGACACAUUCACCAAGCCAUUCAGCGAGAAGACCGCUGAGAUGCUCGACGCUGAAGUGCGGAAGAUGAUAACGAUUGCUUAUGACCGAACACGGAACCUACUAACUGAACAUCGGGAGGAUGUCAUCAAGGUGGCGCAACUGCUUUUGGAGAAGGAGAACAUCACUCGCGAGGAUAUGCUCAAUUUAUUAGGAAAAACGUCCUUCGAUCGCGCUGAUGAAAUGGAUAAUGGUUGGAUGAGCAUCGCAAUGGUCAGAAGUCGGCGCCUCCUCCUCUAGAACCCAGAGAUCCAUCUGAGAUCGAGGUUGGCCGGCCGGCUCCAGGCUGCGGCUGCGACGAAGGUAGAUGUACUUCGGUUUUGAACUCCGUAGAUCGCUUUCGAUGCAAUCUUGUAUCAUUGGGUAUAACUAUAUUAAGCCAAUCCCAU